CGAAGGUACUGCUCCUCCAAGAACCAAGCAAGGACGGAGCAGACCAGGGCGUGAAAGACAAAGAAUGGUAGACCCAAGCCCCUGAAGGCUAAUGGCGUAGAGUUGAAGAACCGUGGACAAGUCUUCUUCUCAAGCGGUAGUGACCCCUCAAAAACCGAGGCCUCUUUGACGAUCCAUAGGCCCACAACUGGCUCCUUGUCUUCUCCUGGAUUUCCUUCAACAUGCCUUGUAUUGAUUCCUUAAGAAUGAGGAGAUUACUUCCUUGGACUGAGACUUUGGCUCUUCUUGUCAUUUGCCAGUCAUUGUGCAUCUCGGGUCUGGCAUUCUGUCCUCCUCAAUGUGUUUGUGAAACAAGGCCCUGGUUCACACCACAGUCUGUGUACCAUGAAGCGAAGACGGUGGACUGCAAUGACCUUCUACUGACUCACAUUCCAGAAAAUAUCUCUAUUGAUACCCAAGUGCUACUUCUGCAGAGUAAUAAGAUAUCACACAUGGGUUGGGAACUUCAAGAUCUGGUGAAUCUUACCGAACUUGACUUGUCUCAAAACCACUUUCAGAGCAUCCGGGACUUAAGCGUGUCCAACCUUUCCCAUCUCAUCACUCUUUAUCUAGAGGAGAAUCAGCUCACUGAGCUGCCGGACUACUGCCUAAAAGAUCUAGAGAGCCUAGAAGAGUUGUAUAUUAAUCACAACCAGAUUAAUUAUAUUGGCCCUCGAGCCUUUGCCGGCUUGGGAAAACUACUGAGACUUCAUCUCAAUGCCAACCGUCUACGUCUUAUCGAUUCAACGUGGUUUGAAGACCUUCCAAACUUAGAGAUACUCAUGAUCGGUGAGAACCCUGUGAGCGCCCUUCAAAACUUGAAUUUUCAACCACUUGGAAGAUUACACAGUCUAGUACUGGCAGGGAUGGAACUUAACCAGAUUCCAGAAAAUGCCUUCUUUGGGUUGGACUACCUUGAAAGCCUUUCGUUUUUUGAUAACCGUCUUACUUCUGUCCCCAAGGAGGCGCUGAAGCAUUUGAAGCUCCUUAAAUUCUUAGACCUUAACAAAAACCCCAUAAGUAGAAUUCGGUCCGGAGAUUUUAAAGACAUGCCUCAUCUUGAGGAACUCAGCCUAAAUUCAAUGGAGGAUUUAGAAAGAGUGGAAGCGGAAGCCUUCCAGGACCUGCCUGAGCUUAUUAAAUUGGAAAUUUUCAACAACCCUAGGUUGACCUACCUGGACCCUGGUGCCUUUGGACCCAACGUUAGUGCUUUGAAGACUUUACUACUUAGCAAUAAUCGAUUGGCAUUAAUACCGCUUAAAGUAUUUCAGACACUACCGGGAUUAUCUGAAAUCAGCUUAUACAGUAAUCCUCUGCGCUGUGAUUGCCAGAACAACUGGAAAGGACUUUCAUCAGUUCAGCUGAUUGAAGCCCAAGCCACACUCUGUACAAGCCCACCACUGGUCAGCGGACACCUCUUCCAGGAAAUACAAGGACAGGCUUGGUUAAGUCGAUGUCCUCCACUAAUAGACGAAAAUUCUUUUCCAUCUCGGCUUCAUCUAUCCAAACACCAGCUGGUGACUCUCAACUGCCAAGCCAGCGGUCACCCAAAGCCAGAGAUAUACUGGAUAACGCCUCAUGGAGAAAGAAUAUCAGGAGGAACGGGCAGGGUCCGAAUCUUAGCUGAGGGUUCUCUGGAAAUUUUGGAUGCUACAGAAGAAGAUUCUGGGUCAUACAUGUGCCAAAUGUGGAACUCAGAUGGUACAGACAGUAAAAGUGUUGUCAUCUUCAUCAAUGGGACUGAGGAGCAGGAGUUCACGUCUCUGUCCAUAGUCACCAAGAAAGUUCAUUCCAAUUUUGUUGUGGUGGAGUGGAAGAUGUUAGGCGGGCCAGCCAAUGCUCCAAACGUCCUCGUUCCAGCCCUAUGGACCUCAGCGACCAUGAGGAUACACAAUCCACAUAUCAGUUAUACCGCCAAAGUUCCUCUAGAUAUACAAGAGUACAACCUCACACAUCUACAGCCAGCUACCAAGUAUGAGGUUUGCUUCACUGUGUCAUCUCUAUCCCGGCCAAGUCAACAAUCUUGUCUCAACGUGACCACCAAGGAUGCUUCCUUUUCAGUGGCUGCAGUUGGUCGGCCGGUCAGUAUUGCCCUCUCAGCAGCUCUUGGCUCCCUAAUUGCUGGACUAUGCAUGGCUGCUGUCAUCGUCUAUGCUGGACAUCACCUCCGUUACAAAAGCUGUGGACAUUCUUUAAAAAAGUAUAUGCAGAGGGCUUCGUUCAUCCCUCUCAAUGAGUUCUAUCCACCACUCAUCAGUCUUUGGGAAGGAGAAGUCGAGAAGGAAAAGGAGAGCAGCUUGGAACAGCCGGUUUUGGUGCCACCUCAAGAAGACAAGACGUUUCCAACGGUGGUUCAGAUUGAUACGUCAAAGACUUACAUGUGGCAGCCUUAAACCCCUCCCUCCCUCCAAUGCAAUGAACUGGACAUUGGGCCCCAGAAUUUCAUGCGUA